AUGAGCACCAAUACUAAUUACCCGUACCGUCACGCACGUCCACCCCGGCCACCGUCCAUCCGGCCACCGUCCAUCCCGUACCGUCACCGGCGCAUCGCAGCCCUCAUCCACCCGGCCCUCAUCCACCCGGCACCGUCACCGGCCCCCGUCCACCGGCCCCCGUCCACCCGGCCCCGUCCACCCGGCCACCAAUCCACCGGCCCCCGUCCACCCGACCUCAUCCACCGGCCUGUCACCCGGCCCCAAAUCACCCGGCCCGCAUCCACCGGCCACCGUCCACCCCGGCCCCGUCCGCGGCCCUCAUCCACCCCGGCCACCGUCCGCGGCCCUCAUCCACCCAGCCACCGCCCGGCCUCAUCCACCCAGCCACCGUCACCGGCCCUCAUCCACCCGGCCACCGUCCACCGGCCCCCAGUCACCCGGCCCUCAUCCACCCGGCCACGGUCCACCCGGCCCUCAUCCACCCGGCCCCCGUCCACCCGGCCCUCAUCCACCCGGCCCUCUAUUUCUUAUUAA